AUGGUGGAGCGAAAACCUGGAAGAAUCGACCAGGGGGGUAGAGCAUCAUCCUUGCCGUGCCCAGCUGUGGAGGUACGUGCUGCUGUAAAUGCAGGGCUGCUGGCUGGUCUGCAUGCGGAAUCAGAUGCAUCGCUUCUGUGCGAGUUGACCGCCGAUGAGAAAGGCGGAGUGCAGUUCAAGGUGUCUUUGCCACGCCUUGUUCCAGAGCGGUGGCUAACGGAAGGGCUGAGCGGCUGGCAUGCGUGA